UUUUUAAAUAGACACGAGACACCAGCGAGGGAGAAAUGGUUUCUCCGGUAACAGUGGUCAAGAGUGAGGGCCCCAAGCUGGUGCCAUUCUUCAAGGCAACCUGUGUAUACUUUGUCCUGUGGCUGCCCACCUCAAGCCCAUCCUGGUUCAGUGCACUGAUCAAAUGUCUGCCAAUCUUCUGCCUGUGGGUUUUUUUACUGGCACACGGCUUCAGCUUCCUCGGUGCUCACUCCAGUGCCCGCAAGAUCUUGGCCGGCCUCAUAUUUUCUGCUCUGGGUGAUGCCUUUCUCAUCUGGCAGGAGCAGGGCUACUUCGUCCACGGCCUUCUGAUGUUUGCCAUCACUCACAUCCUCUACUCGUCUGCUUUUGGAAUGAAGCCCCUUAACGUGUCUGCUGGCCUGAUUAUCACUGCUGUGUCCUCUCUGAGCUACAUGAUGCUGUACCCCUACCUGUCCGGCCCCUUCACCUACCUGGUGGCUGUCUACAUAGGCCUGAUCGGCUUCAUGGGCUGGAGGGCCGUCGCAGGCCUGCAGCUAGCCAAUGACCUGUGGACCUGGACCAAGCUGUCCGCCUGCCUGGGCGCCGUGCUCUUCAUGGUCUCCGACCUCACCAUCGCGGUCAACAAGUUCUGCUUCCCCGUGCCCCAUUCGCGUGCCAUCAUCAUGGCGACCUACUACGCAGCCCAGAUGCUGAUAGCGCUGUCAGCCGUCGAAUGCCAGGAUGUGGAGGUGGCCAGGAAGAGAACAUGAGAUACCAUGAUGUCCAAAGCAAAGGUGGCAGCCACCCCCCCUCCGGUCAGAGUGAUCAUGGACACAUCUCACUGCCAGAUCCCCAAACCCUCAACCCUCAUCUCAGUGUGGCGCUCCCACACUGUUGUUACCAUGACAGCUGGUCCACUACAGUUUCCACACGGCCAUCACCCUACUACCCCACUAGUAUGGUCUAACACCAGUCUUCUUACCACGAAGAUAUGGUAGUAUUAUCUUCAGCCUCUCCCGACAACAGUCCUACCUGCCUCUUCUGAUCCUAGACUGGCUGUGUCUCAACCUAGUUACCAUGGAGACAAGUGUAGAAAUAUUAACCUGCUAUAUAUAGAAAGUAUUACUUUACUUUUAACUGUUAUGUUUUAAUUUAAGGGGAGCAUCUCACUGGGGACCUUCAAGGAGUGUCUGUGGGUGGGAGAGCAAUUGUGUGUGUGUGCAUUUAUGUGUGUUUGAUUAACACUCUUACCUCGCUUUCCACACAGUCACCACACUGACUCCCACCACACACACAUCUACUCUGUAUGCGGUCCAAUAACACAAUGCAACAUUUUAUUUUGGUCCUUGUUAAAAAGGGAGUGUGUUUUUUUUUUUUUACUGACUUGCCCAUGUUUGGCUUUUCAGUCUCCGUGGCUCUGUGUUCCCCUGAAUUAAGGGUGCUAUUCUUAAAGUCAGGAGCAUAUCCACACCUGUUUUAUUAUCUGCAGUCCCUUCCAUUUCAUUUACAACGACCACACUGCCUUUGUUCACGCCGCUAUUUAACAUCCUCUGCAAAUCCACACCCAGUCUCUUCGGAUGAAUGAAUUAGGUUGUCCUUGAAUAACUAAAUGUACAGAGAAAGAAGAGCAGAGAUGGAAACAAAAAAAAAAUAAGGCAAUGAGGUGGAAAGGCAAGGAGGUAGAGUUGCGUGACUGCAACAACCACUGUGUAUUGUAAUUUGAGUGCCUGAACACUGAGUCAGACUCUUAGGAAAAGGGUGGUUGUUUGUUGAAGCGCGAACGCUCCUGCUGAGAUUUUAUUGACACCGUCCUGCUGUCACAAAGAGAACACAGUAAACACUGCAGUCACAGCAGACCACUGCACACAUUGUAACAUGCUGUACAGUGCACCUGCUUCUCCUUUUUGGCGUGAAGUCUUUCAGUGUUUUGCCUGCCAGUUUUUCCAGAAAUGUAGGUUGCAGAAGUUCACAUGCACACACACCUGACACCUACAACCCCUGCUGGUUUAGUUAUUAGGAAAAGUCCACAGGGUUCUUAUUGCUGGACUACAUCAGCCGACCCAUGGUGUCACUAGCGUGGGACCAUGUUCUAAAGAAUGCAAAGAAAGGACUAUGUUACUGGCUUUUUUUGUUUUUUUGUUUAUCAGCUCUGUGUGUGUAUGUGUAUGUGUGCGUGCAUGUCUGGGCCUCAUAAGGUAUUCACUCUCUCAUGACGACACACACACACAAACGGGCACAUAAACAUACACAUUGCCCCAGGGCCGCCUGACCGAAGAAAAAAAAGGGAGAUGAGGGAACUGGCUUGUCAUGUGAGGGAACAGUAAUCCCAUUAUUCCCAAUAAUUCCUUCUCACAGCACACUUCAUCAGCUUUAAUCCUGCAAAAUCCACCGCAGCUAAUGCCAGAAAGGUCGGCUGAUAUUCUGUCUUUUAUCUAUCACACAUUUCCCUCUCUCACCUUUCAUUUGUUUCACCCUCUACAAACGUUUAUGUUCGGCUGAAGUGUCUUACUGAAUAUCGAAGAAGUAUACUGUAACUCUUUGUACAGGCGUCUAUAUAUAUGCAUGUUUUGAGUGUGUGUGUACUUGUGAGAGUGUGUGUGUAUUGUCUUAGCCAUUGAGUGAACGCCUGUGACAAGUCAGAACCAACUCAAGGCCAGAAAUGCUGUGAACCAUCAUAGUGGAGUAGACACGCUGAGUAUCUUUAAUGUAUUCUCACAAGGCUCUUAAACCGUCUUCAUACCCUUCACCUCUUGAGAUUUGUAACCUCUUUAUGUGUUUUAUAGCAGCCCCUGAAUGUGCUGCCUGUUAAAGAUGACUUUAAGGUAAUAUUUGAUUAGGUACAGUAUAUUUAAAGUGGGUUAUAUAUAUUCUUUAGGUUCAUUUGACCCUUAAUAGGAAGCAUUUCCAUUGGUGGACAUGCCGUCUCUUGACUAUACCCUUACCUAUUACCUAGCAUAUGUCACUGGCUCUAUGAUAAAACCACUAAACUCAGUUUUAUUAUAAAUGUACACAUGCAAUUGAAAGUAUUAAUCACUAACAAAAAAAAUAGCAAGGGACAGGUAUUGUUAUUUAAUGGUCCAGGCCACAUGCACCUUAACAUGAUAUAUUGUGCUGUAUAUAAAACAAACGUGCAUGGAAAAAGAAACAGACCCAUGUUAUGGGUUUCUUCUGCUGGGUCAAUGAACCCUAGAGCUGUCGGUAACACACCAACGUACGCACACAAAAAAAUCACAGACACAUCAAAAUAUGUUCAUGCCUUACAUCAGCCACCAUGACAGGUCUGCAGGCAGACCGUGGUGUUGACACUCAACACAAUUUGUUAAACAGCAGCGCACAGUCUUAAGUUUGACCAGGAAAGACACUCAGCCCAAGUGUCCUGACCGCUGCUUUGCCAGAUAGUUCCUCAAUCUCCUUUUGGCCCGUCAGCAUGCUUUUUUCAGCACCGUAUUUUUGCUUUGUCAGUCAGAAGUGUCUCGUCAGUCCAUCUGUGUGACCACUCGCCUUCUGUUCCGUGUUUUAAUUUGUCCUUCCGGCGUUGCCGCAGAGUCCCCCUCUUCUAAUCUCAUCCACCUCGCUGGCAGAACACGUUCUAUCAUCAAUUAAUAUGAGCCUUUGUGCUGAAAGACAUCCACAGAGGCUCGCUAGCAGACAUGCAUUUGUCUGCUUAUGCUGGCUUAAGUCAGGGUUUUAUGAAGUACAAGGAGAGAUGCUGGUUAACAUGAUUGACUCUAGUAUGCAGUCUGAAGUAAAACCACGAGGGAAUGACAGAAUUGAGUCAAGCCGUCUUAGUCAUCCUACUAUGUAGGCAAUUUAUGUAAUCACCACUUUCUUUGUCUCCUGCCACAUAAAGCCUCCUGACUCUUGUUCCUACAGUCCUAAUGGCUACAUGCCAGACGACAGGCUUUACUUUGAAGUAUUUCUGAGAUUAUUUUUGUUGGCCAACCCACACUUUGGAAAACCUCCAUGACUUUGGUAGUCUGUAAAUAAAGAAAUAAACUCAAAUGCUAUAUUGAAUCACUAAAAUUCCAGUUAUUGUGCGUAACUGGAGGAUUUAGUUUUAAAUAUUCACUGUUUCUCCUCCAUCAUUUCUAUUUUUAUUAGACUUGGGCACAGAUAACCAAAGCUGAAUGCAUAAUAGAAAACCAAACUCAUUUCACUGAGUGGAACUUGUAAGCAUCGGAGCCCACUCAUGUAUUAAACAACCGUUUGUGUUGCAGGAGACACAGGUCCCCCUCGUUGGUGCUGGAGUGCAUAUGGCCUUCCGCUUAGGAAGGAGGUUAUUGUUGAGUGAUACUGUAGCUGGAAUUAGGUGAGGAGGUGAAAUAUGACACACAGGGGAGGACUUCCUUUACAUCCGGCUGCCAUCCUGCCCCCACCCCACAGAUGGCAGGCCAGCAGGCGCAUCACUUUACAUCACCCUGUUCUGAGCUUUGUGUGUGCAGACAAAAGGGACCUGAGAGAGCUGUAGGAGGCCAGUAUGGUUCGGCCUGUGCUGUAGGAAGUGAGCUGGAACCAGUAGCUUUUGUCGCAGAGAGAGUGCCCAUGGUUUUGCUCGGACCUCUAAAUAAGUUGGCAUUUUUCUCUCUCUCUUU